GUUCUUUUUGUUAUCGUUAUUAUUUUUCUGCUUUUUUAAUUUCAUUAUCAUUUACUCUAACUCAAGCUUCAACUGAUCCGAACUGGAACAAUCGUCGACCCGAACCGCCAUGUCGUCAACUUCGCUACUUCAAGUAACUGGAAGUGAAAGUCAAGAUGGAAUUAUAUCUACACCCACUCGAUUUCUUAUGGAGUGUGGAGAAUGGAACUUUACGCCAUCACUUAGUACCUUUGCCAACGAGAUGAACCCCUUUGAUUACAUUGGAGUUCAAAAGGCAAAAGAAAAUAAUUCAACAUCGAAGCAAAAUUCCCCACCUACUCCACCGACUUCAAAGGAAUACCUACCGGCCAAAACCAUCAACACUGACAACGACGAAAAGAAAUCAGAUACCCCACUCACCCCUCCUCAACAGAAAGCCAAUCAGCGCAGGUCGCAAGAUACCAAUCGAGUAGGUGUAUCGUCAAAUUCGUCAUUGAAUUCUGAAAGUUCUGCGACCUCUGGUGAACAACAAAAACAAUCGACCAAACAACCGCAGCCAGCACCCACUACUGUCACCAAAACACGAGCACAACGCUCUCAGCCACAUCAAUUUUCGUUCCAUUCAUAUCAGCCAUCGAAGCCAGCACAGCAUACGUCCAUGCCUGCUUCAAGUAACAAUUCUACUCUGAUCAUUAAACAAGAAAAUGGUCAACCAAAUACAAAAUCUCGACGUAAUAAAGAUAAAUCUGGUUUAUCUGAUAUCUCAGACUUCAACAUGGACCGAAAGCGUCAUAGCUCUGAUGAUGGUGAAGAAGCCGUUGAGAGACGACAACGGUUCCUUGAACGAAACCGUGUAGCAGCAUCCAAAUGCAGACAAAAGAAAAAAGCUUGGAUCACUGAACUUGAGGAAAGAUCAGAUAAGGUCAUAGAAGACAACAAGAAGCUAUACAGUAUGGUCAAUCAACUGAAGGAAGAAGCCAUGUUUUUAAAAAAUCAACUUUUAGCUCACGGAAAUUGCGAUUGCGAUGUCGUCAAACAAUAUUUAAAGCAAAGUGCUCAGUUUCCCUCUGGUUCCAAUAUCACUGCUCAACCACCAACACAGGAGCAGCAAAUGUUACCCCCACCACUGCCAGCACCUAAGCAAAAGUCCAAAGCUUCGUACGAUGACGACUACUUUGCCCCCGCACAUUCAACCCCCACUCCUUCGUUACCACCGUUGCGAGGAACCUUGCCUUCAUAAGUCUAUCCACACUGUAUUUCUGUAAACAUUUUUUUUUCGUUGUCAAAAGAGUAAAACCAAAGUAUUGAAAUCAAAGCACAGC